AUGGUGCUGGCGGGCGAUGCUGGGGUGCUCGGGCCUGGGGCGCAGGGACAUCCCCCCGGGAGCGAAGGGCGACGGAGAACCCGGGAGACCUCACCGGGAACCGAGGGGACCCACAUCAGCCAGGACCUGGUGGGGGGCACCCUGGCCAUCGACACGCUGCCGGCCAACGAGACACGGAUCGUGGAGGACAACCACAGCUACUACGUGUCGCGGAUCUACGGGCCGGGGGACGCCCGUCUGAGAGGGCUGUGGGUCGACAUGGCAGCGGCCAACAGGAGCCAAGUGAAGAUCCACGGGAUCCUCUCCAACACGCACCGGCAAGCCUCGAGAAUCGUCCUCUCCUUUGACUUCCCCUUCUACGGCCACCUCCUGCGGCAGGUCACGAUAGCGACGGGUGGUUUUAUCUUCAUGGGGGAUGUCAUCCACCGGAUGCUCACGGCCACGCAGUACGUCGCACCCCUCAUGGCCAACUUCAACCCCAGCUACUCCCGCAAUUCCACCGUCCAGUACCUGGACAACGGGACAGUUUUUGUGGUGCAGUGGGACAAGGUCUAUCUUCAAGGGAAGGAGGACAUGGGCAGCUUCACCUUCCAGGCAGCCCUGCACAGCACUGGGAGAAUUGUCUUUGGGUACAAGGAGAUCCCCGUGCCGGUCCUACAGAUCAGUGCCACCCAGCACCCCGUGAAAGCUGGCCUCUCCGAUGCCUUCAUGAUCCUCAACCCAUCUCCCGAUGUGCCUGAGUCCCGCCGUCGGACCAUCUACGAAUAUCAUCGCGUGGAGCUGGACACCAGCAAGAUCACCAACAUGUCAGCCGUGGAGUUCACCCCACUGCCCACUUGUCUCCAGCAUCAGAGCUGUGAAAUGUGUGUGACCUCGGAGCUGACCUUCAACUGCAGCUGGUGUCAUGUCCUGCAGAGAUGUUCCAGUGGCUUCGACCGAUACCGGGAGGAGUGGCUGUCCUAUGGCUGUGGCCAGAAGUCAGAUGAGAAGACCUGCGAGGAUUUAGCAGAAGGUGACCGCUAUUCAGCACCUCCUGACAGCUCUUUCUCACCGCUGGAUGAGGAUGUCACCACCUCCACGUCCUCGCUCUUCGUUGACAGCCUCACUACAGAAGAUGAUACGAAGCUCAAUCAGUAUGCAGGAAGUGAAGGUAUGGGAAACAGCCUUCCUUCCAAGAAAGCAGGCGGCCCAAUUCACACAGGUACUAUCGUGGGGAUCGUUCUGGCUGUGUUGCUCAUUGCAACUAUUAUCCUUGCUGGAAUUUACAUCAACAGCCACCCCACCUCCAACGCUGCCCUGUUCUUCAUUGAGCGAAGGCCACAUCACUGGCCCGCCAUGAAAUUCCGAAAUCACACCAACCAUGCAACGUACUCAGAGGUGGAGCCGGCCAGCCAGGAGAAGGAGGGCUUUGUCGAAGCAGAGCAGUGCUGA